AUGCAGAAAUUGUUAGAUAUGAAUACGAUCUGCCGCGGCGAGCUGCUCGACACCCCCAACGGGCUAACGCCCGGGAAGGGACCUUUUAGCCGCCUGACUUGUCAGGAGGGCAACAUCAAGUGCUGUCAUGGCACUAUCUCCGAUACCAGGAACGUGACGAAUGUAUUCGGCACGGCUCUUGGGUCCAAGAUACACCGGGCGUUCAAACCCACAUAUCGUACGUCGUCCAAACCCCUAUUGAUAAGGGCCCUGACUUAUGCUAUAAAACCUCAGUGGAAUUGCUUGUCGUAUCCUACACUCGACCUGCCCGUCGAGACUUGGAUCGGGCAACUCAAAGAGUUUCAAUCAACGAAACUCAUCUUCACACAACAACGAGAUGGACCCCCUCGCAGAGGUAGGCACAUCACAUUGUUACGAAGCGAUACCCAGACUUACAUCGGUACUACUAAGGCAAACCGCAUGCUCCAAGAACGUGCGGGACAGCCCUCCCCGGAUGGCGCUGAUCAGGUUCAACGUCCGACCACCCCCAACAGAGAGCCGCCCCCCACGUCCCUCUACCAGCUAGGCCUCACCGGUCAUCGCAUCAGGUCUAUACCCGAGACCGAAUCUGAACCAGGUACUCCUACCGCUGCCUGCCACUCAAUCCUGGAAGCUAGUCGACCAGGAUCGUUGGCCCCAUUAACUGAGGACGCCGAAGGACCCUCGGGCCUGUAUAACAUCGGGGGCAGAGGCCAAGGCCCUACCACGAUCCAUGGCAUCGAAUGGCCCAGCUCGGGAAACAACGUACCUUGGUCUUGCACCGCUGACCUCCCUAUCGGAAGUGACUUCCGCGAUUGGAACGAAGCGAAAAGCAAGUUCUUACAAGCUAUUUUCACCCUAGUGUCCAUCAGGGACACAUUCUACGUCGGCAACUCCGGCGACCCCAAUUCCUCCCUCGCUGAUCCGGCUUGGGCCACCUUCUUCAACGCAAUGUCCGACGAGGUAGCAGCUGUCCCCAGCAACCUCGAUGACGACAAAUCCAUUUACCCAGGGGAAGCCAUGCACAACCUCGCCGACCGUUCACCGGUCACUAUCUUUACGAGAAUACUGAGCGAGCUCAACGCUGCUUGUGUCGUCACCAAAUCGAUGUCACACAUCGACGCCCAGCUGAAGCUCAUCGAGACGAAGCUAUCCCGCGUAUCCGCCCAAGCUUCUCGCCCAGGCAACGCACUGUCUACGACGUCGGGGGCCUUGUGCUUCACCAAAACCAUGAUGCCCACGGACGAGAGAUCACCUGUUGUUGGGGAGAAGCGCAAAGACGCCUUCAGCCUCCCGGACAGAGCCCCUAAACGAGGAAAAGCCGCUGACAGAGCGACUACCGCUCCCGAAUUCAUCCAAGCCCACGGAGGCGCAUCCACAGGACCGAUCAAGACGUCGGUCCUAACGGCAGCGGCUACUGCAGCCGAACGCGCUGGGGCCCCGGUCGAAGCCACCCUCGACGGAGGAUUCUACAACCCGGCCACAGCGCGUGCCGCCGAGAAAUCCAACAACAUCUCAAAGGCGCUGAACCAACGCAAAGAAGCAGCGAAGAGUGCCUCCGCCACUCACACCCAACCCCCGAAUGCACACCGGAAGAUCGUCCGGGUACAAUUCACUAACCAGACGCUACCUGCCGAGGGAACUCGCAGGGUACCCGAAGACAUCCAAGCUGUUGUCGCCACGCAAAUUACCAAGAUAGGGGGUACUCCGAAUCCCGUAAUCUCCAUCACCUACCGAGGAUCAUUCCUCGACCUCCUUUUCACCGCAUGCCCUGAGGAUGCUAUCGUCACCCGCCUUGGCGAGAUGAGUGGCUGGUUCUUGAACCAAGGCUCAGAAGAAUUACGCAACGCUACACCUUGGCCCAUAGUGGACUUUUACAAGCCCAUUGCGCGCAUGAACAUAUUUGGUAUUCCAGUAUUGGAUGCCAAGGCGAACGUCAAACUCACCAUCGAGGAAGUCUACGCCACCAUCGUCACCGAGAACGAAUGGCUACAGGGGCUUAUCUUGGACCCCAUGUCCGCUCCUCGCAUGUCACUGUACGCCCCGGUGGGGGACACCUGCACCGUGCAGGUCUCUAUCAUUGACGGCAACCCCUCGUAUGUGGAACGCUGGAUCACUCAGAGAAAACGGGUGUCCUUCAGGGAAAAGAAGUACGUUAUCAGACACGCACGUCCACAAACCUUUGUCCCGCUCUGCCUGAAAUGUCUCAAAUGGGGACACGUCGGAGGAGCAUGUGGUAUGGGAGGAAAGUUCAACUCCCAGGCCCUGUGUCACAAGUGCAGCCUCAUGCACUCUACGGAACAACACCAACGAACAGGGCCUUCUGCCAGCAUGACGAAUGCAAGAGAACACGGCUCGAGACCCUCAACCCGUGGGUUGAGAACUGCCCCCCUGAACAUGCCAAGUGUCGCAACUCCCGAUAAGCUCGAGGCCUUCUGGAAGCGAGAAGGCGUUGACGACGCUACCAUUAGAGCCUUAUCUAAGGGCUACAACCCAGAGCGUGAAAUCCGUAGGGAGGCUAAACGCUUGGGAGGUCACACGGGUGAAGGGGAAGAUGCUUCUGACCCCAUUAACCAAAGUCAUGAGGCUACAGUACCAGCGUCCUCUGCUAUCGCGGACUACGAUGACGACAUGUACAUGUAA